AAAAACCAUACAUAACCUGGCAUAAAUAAGUAGUAAAUAAGUUAAGAAUUACACUAAUUUUAUAAAAACGCACAAGAAAUUUUCGUCAAAAACAUUAUUAAAAAUAGAAGUAAAAAAUAUUAAAUUGAAAGGAAUUGUUUGAAAACAAAGCACAAUAAUUUUUAUUAACGCAAAAGGAAAGAUUCAAUGGCUGCUGUGUUAAACAGUUGUGCCACCAGCAACACGAUAAGACAACACGAUAUUAAUUUUGAAUCGUACGAAGGAUAUCAUCACCCACAUUUAGGCCCAUUAUCUUCAUUAACCUCAUUUACGACAGCACUGGGAAGCCAACAAUAUUUGCAUCAGUUGCAGUUAUACGACACCACUACCAUGUAUCCUUCGCUGCCAAAGUAUCACCGGUCUUCGGCACAACAGCAACUGACUACGCCUAAUCACCAUACGUCUGCAUACGCAAAUCAUCAUACCAAUAGCGUUGUAAGCCAUCAUCAAUUCAAUUCCUCGUCGUUAGCGUAUGGUAUGCCAGUCAGUUCGGGUUAUUCCUCACAACAUUCCACUUUACAAAAACAAUAUUCUGCGGCAUCAGUUCAGAGAUCUUCGUCAUCGGCGGAGGCUUGUCGCAGUUAUUGGGGUCAUAGUCAUCCCACCUCUUCGGUACUGUACCGUAAUGAUCGCCAUCAAUCAAAGCGUAAAUCUGCAGUAGAACUUUUGGCAGAAAGUAAGCCUUUUUUUGUAAAGACCGAAAAUAUUAUAGAACGUACAAAUUUUGGUGCCAGCACUCUGGUUUGCAGUGGAAAGAGAGGUCGUAAUGGCUCUAGUGUGGUCUUGGAUGAGGGUAAAUACAAUCCAUCGUAUGGGGAAACAACUUACACUGCCGCUGAAGCUGAAAGGCGUUACGGUACAACCAAGGCUCAUCGUCGUUCUUCUCACAUUCAUCAUCAUCAUAGCAACCAUGCUUCUCAACAAUGUUCUGCGAAUAAUACCAUGUAUCAUGGUAAGUUCAGAAUGUCGUUGUCAAGUGACGGUUCACAAGAACGCGAUAAACUUGCUCGUUAUCGCAAAGAACACUAUGGCGAACCCCUAGUUUUAAAUGAGACAAAAUCGGUUUCAUUUGAAGAGGAUGUGGCAUUUCGCAUACCUCCGCCUUUAUACUUUUCUCAACAAAACUACAAUAGUAUGUAUGAUAGUGGCGACGAGCCAUUGGUUUUGACCGAAAAUUAUAGACCUAUAAGUCCUCCAGCUGAAUAUGCCGAGGAUUCGACAGAAGUUCAUAAUGAUACUAGACCAAGGUACAAUUAUCAGCGUUCAUAUUCACACUCACAUGAGGCCAAUGAUAAAUCUAAAUACACUGCCGCAUCAUACAAUAUUAAUAGCCACAAAUCCCUGCCUGAUUUACACACACAAAUCAACCGUCAUUCACCACAUAGUGAAAUUUUAAGUUGCUGUAGUCGGGGCAAUAGAUCCAUUAAAUCCGCUGGAGAAUCUUCAUUAAAUCGUGAUUCAGGUGGUUCUUCGGGUCACUACACCCACCGUAGUGAACCGUGUUACCGCCAACAUCGAGUUGAGCUCGAUCGAGAGGAAAGAGCUAAGAAAUGUUGCAGUGCCACCACACGGGUUGAGUAUAGACGUGAUAGUGGCUCAUCUACACAACAUAGCAACAAUUCAUAUUGUGACUACUCUUGCAAGCCGAUGAAUGAAAAUUUCGACUCUCCGGAUUAUUUAUUUAAUUUCACUACACCCGAAGUACCAGAAGCCUUUCAAGAUGACUACAUACCACCAUCACCACGUUAUCAAAGUGACGACACUCGCUAUUAUAGUUCCUCGACUCAUCAAACUCAUGCUAGUCAGAGUUAUAUGAAACAUAAAGCCUCAUCCGAUGAACCUAUUGUGCAGUCGCCUGGAUCUCAACCAUCUAUUGAGGACAUUAGUCCUCCACCUAUUCAAUUUAAGCGCCAAAAAUGUAUCCGAUUUAAAAGACACAACCGCAUAUCGCUACCAGUGCAACCCUCAGCACCUCCCUACUCGGCCAAUGAUCACUCUCAUACAUCACCAAUGGAUACCUACAGAAGAUCAGAGCAUCAUCGUUAUUUCUUCCCCAAAUGCUUCUCAGCUGAUGAAUACCAGCAGCAGCAGCAUGCACCACCGCCACAGCAUCAACAUUCACAAUCACAACAGCAAACACCGCAGAAACCUCCCCUACCAUCGCAGCAAAUAUCACAACAACAACAAAUAAAAGAGUUCAGAGAUCAAUAUGCCAAUCAUGCUCUUCGACGUUCUCAUGAAUUGUUGCAUACAUCGUCAGAGCCACUAAUGGAUUUGGAGAAAUUUUUCGAUCGGUUGGGUUUGAAUGAUGAUAAAUUUCAUGAAAUCUAUACAUUUUCAAAAAGAAAACACAGUAACGGCAGCAGUGAUGGCAGUAAUAGUACAGUUUUUUUCUCCGAUGUUAGUACCGUUGACUCUAUGCGUUUGCCCGAUAGUACCGAGACACAGCCACAGGCACCACAGACCUAUAGACCCACUGAACCACCAUCGAUUGUGGAACGUAAUGCACGCAUAAUAAAAUGGUUGUGUAACAUACGUAAGGUUCAAAAUAAUGGAAAUUAAAGAUAUUGGAAAAAUACAUUGUUGUGAACGUGAAAAAUGAAAACUGGUAGAACUGAAUACCAGAUCCAAUAUUGAUGAACUUCAAUUAUUUAUAUUUUUUUCAGUUUAAAUUUCGAUGUUAUAUUAAGAGAUAUCUAUUCGAAAGACAUGCUCCGAUUUUAUAGUAAACUACUACGUAUAUGUACACAGCGUAUGUAUUUCAACCAAGUCAUAAUUACAAUUUUUAUCGAAUAUGUUCAGUCUUCCACUUUUAGUUGUGUUAUUCAAAUAAUUUGUAAACAAAACACAUUAAACAAAAAAAACAAAAAAAAAAAAAAAAAAAAAAAAAA